AUGUCUGUGCGAGAUAAGAUGGACGAGUUUAACAUUAACACGAAUGGAUUUGUGUCCAUGGUCAAACCUCCGGCUGAGGAGGAGUACCUGGGAAAGAUGCCUGCCAGUUUUAAAAUGAUUGCAGCUCUGCUGGGAGACCUGGAGGACAGGGACGGACAUGGGAAGGUCUUCUACAGGUGGGACAGCAGCCCGGAGGUUCUGGAUCGAGCCGCUGAGAUCGUCAGGCGAGCUUUCCCCAGAGAUGAUGGAGUGGAGCCCACCGGCGUCCUCGUGGUCACCUGGGAGAACAUGAGGGCCAGGGGGACGUCUGAACGAGGGGACCAACAGGACAGUGAGAGAAACACUUUCCAGCUGGUUGUGGCCUCCAUGGAGUCGUCGUCCUGCGCCAUCCUCCUGUACCCCCGCAGCGGCCUGCAGUUCGUCUCCACGUCUAUAGGGGGCAAGACUAAAGUCCUGGAGGCCGGCUUCAACGAAGGUCUCCAUAUCGGCUGGUUCAGCACCUCGCAGGGGACGUACUUCCGCAGCACCAGCGACGACGAAAACUCCAUCUGGGAACUUACAGA